ACAGCGGAGGCAACGGGGAGGGGGGAGUCUCCGUCAGAGCCGUGCAGCGUCUGGCUGGCAGCGCCGCCGCGGCCGCCUCUUCCCAAUAGUUUGUCUGAGAGCCCGAGAAGGGAAUUUAAAAGAACCUCUUUUCGUUUUAUUUUUAUUUUUCUUCCCCGGGAGUUGGCGAUCGGCGGCGGAACAUGGCAGGAGGAGCGCGGGGCCGGGCGGGAUGCAGCAUCCGCGGUUGGAGCGCGGAGCCCCCGCCCUUGUUUGCGGGAAGAGCCUAAGUUGGAGCGGCGGCGGCGCGGCGGGGGCCGGCCGGGGCGGGGCGGCGGCGCCGAGCGGGCCCAGGGCGGCGGGCAUGAAGCGGCGGCGGGCGGCGGGCGGCCGCGUGAAUGAGCGAGGCAGGAAGGAGUGAGGCAGCGGCAGAAGGAAGGGGAGCGGAUCCCGCCCUCCCUCCCCAGCGCCCGGAUCCGGUGGCUCUUUUAAUUUUUUAUUUUUAUUUUGCCUUUUGCGGGUUUUUUUUUUCCCUCCUCCCCUCCGCCCCCCCUUUUUUUUUCUUUUUUUUUUUUUCUUCUUUUUUUCAAACCCCCUCCCCACGGUCCCUUCUCUCUCUUUCUCCCCCCCCCCCCACCGCUCUCCCCUCCCGGCCCGGGCGGGCCACACCCUCCGCAGCGCUUCCUGCGAGCCGGCGGCGCGGGGCCGCGGCGGGCGCGCCGGGGGCGGCACAUGGUGCGCAGCCGCCGCCCCUCCGGCCCCUGCGAGCAGCGCCCGGGCGGCGGGAGAGCGGCCCCCAGGGCUGCGGCCCCGCGCUAGCGCCGCUCCUCCGGGGUAUUCCGUCUCCUGAAGGGAACUUUGCGCAGGAUCCCGCAGCCGGAGGAAGGGAGGGAAGUGCAAAGAGGAGGGAAAAAAAAUCUUAUUAAUAAUAAUAAGCCGCACGAUGCCGGAGCGCGGCCCGGGGGCUCCGGGUGAGCGACGAGCCGCCGCUGGAGAGCCGUAGAGCGGAGCCUGGAGCCGGAGCGGUGCGGGAGCCCCGGCGGAGCUCGCCCCCCGCAGCACGGCAGCCCCGGCGCCCAGAGCCUUUUCUUGCCUCCAGGCGAUUAAUGGAAUGAUGUUGCGGAAAAGGCAGAGCGAUCCUGCCGGGCUCAGUCGGGACUGCUCGGGCGGCGGCAGAGGCGGCGGCAGUGGGGUAGCGAGCGGCAUGCGAGGCCCCCCCCGGCGCUAUGGCUAGCGGCGGCUCUGGCAAGUCCAGCAGCGAGGUGUCCGGCGGCGGCAUCCCCAGCGGCAGCUCCCUGCAGAGGAAGAAGCUCAUCUCUAUCUGCGACCACUGCAAGAUCAAGAUGCAACUGGUGGCCGAUCUGCUUCUGCUGUCGAGCGAGACCAGGCCGGUGAACACCGAGAGCUUGUCUGUCUUCGGCGAGUCUUUCGAGAAGUGCAGGGACACGAUUAUCGCCAGGACCAAAGGACUUUCCAUCUUGACCCACGACGUCCAGAGCCAGCUCAAUAUGGGACGCUUCGGGGAGGUGGGGGAAAGCCUGAUGGAGAUGGGGGAGCUGGUGGUCUCCCUGACUGAGUGCUCUGCCCACGCUGCCUACCUGGCUGCCGUGGAGACUCCGGGGGCCCAGCCUGCCAUGCCCGGCUUGGUGGAUCGCUACAAGGUGACGCGAUGUCGGCACGAGGUGGAGCACGGCUGCGGGGUCUUGAAGACCACCCCUUUGGCAGAUAUGAGCCCUCAGCUCCUGCUGGAGGUUUCCCAGAACAUGUCCAAGAACUUGAAAUUCCUGACAGACGCCUGUGUGCUGGCCAGUGAGAAAUCCAAGGAUAAAUUUGCUAAGGAGCAGUUCAAACUCAGUGUCAAAUGUAUGAGCACCAGCGCCUCCGCCCUCUUGGCGUGUGUCAAGGAGGUCAAGACUUCACCCAGCGAGCUGACCAGGAACCGCUGCGUCUUGUUCAGUGGACCUUUGGUGCAGUCUGUCUACGCUCUGGUGGGCUUUGCCACUGAGCCCCAGUUUUUGGGUAAAGCUGCCACCAUCAAUCCGGAGGGCAAAGCUGUGCAAACUGCUAUCCUAGGAGGAGCCAUGAGUGUGGUUUCCGCUUGUGUGCUCCUGACCCAAUGCCUCAGGGAUAUAGCCCAACACCCCGAAAGUAGCACCAAAAUGAGCGAUUACAGGGAAAGGUUGAGGAACUCAGCUUGCGCCGUCUCGGAUGGUUGCAACCUGUUAUCUCAGGCACUAAGAGAAAGAUCUUCACCCAGGACUUUACCGCCAGUGAACUCCAAUUCUGUGAAUUAACCCCCACACCUUCUGUUUAGAUCUCAGUCGUUGCUAAAGGAAAAUAAUAUCCCACCUCCUCACCCCUGUUUUGUAUACCAAAGAAUUUGCUUGGAUGAGCCCAAUCCUUUGAUUCAUGUGGUGAAGAAGCAGAACAGCGUAUUCAGAUUAUACGUACUAACAAAAGGUAGCCAGUUUGGGCUUCUUUCUAUUUUACUUUAAAGUUGAGCGAGUACCUGCAGAUAAACGUUCCUUUAUUCAACCAGAUCUUCACACAAAUGGUAAUAGCAGCUGUUUAAAAGUUUUAUAUAUGGGGAGGUGGGGGUAUCUGAACUAAAAAAAGAAAAAAAAAAAGGAAAAAAAAAUAGCUUUAAUCGCGCUGGGUGCGGUUUUUAAAGUUUGUCUUGUCUUGUCUUCCGAAAUUUCCCUUCUAAAUUUUACUGUUUGGUUGUGCAGGAAAAAGGUUACCUCAGUUCUCACUCGUUUUAAGAAUGAAAAGAAGAAAACACCACCGCGUAGAUGAUGGAUGUAGCUACUAUUCCGUUUGGUUUUGUUCUGUAUGCCUUUCCUUUUUUAAUUCUGCAUCAAGUGUUAGGUUAGGAGUGCAUUUGGUGUGUAGGAGUGGAAGGACUGGAGGUUGUGAUUAUGUUUUCCAUGUGUUGAUUUCCAAACUGGGGGAAAAGCUACUGUGAGUGUUUAAACAAACAAACAAACAAAUUACACUAUAACAGAAGUGAUUUUUAAUUUUUUUUUUUCCAAUGUCAGUUUUUAUCUUGCAUGUACUGGAGUAUUUAUUUCAUCUAUUAAAAUGUUAUGUUUCUCAGA